AUGGAAGCUGUCCCCAAACCUCAAAAACUCACAUUGGAAUUCCUUACAAAGAAGCCUUACGCGACCCCUUCAUGGGCCUCUCGCCUUAAUCCUAUUCCUUCUAAAGUCUUUUCACUUGGCCAUCACAAGGGGAACCUCCCUAACUUGCCCAAGGGAACGGAGGUUUAUCCCAAGCAUGAUGAUCUUUCAGGAAUGCAAUUGAGUGGUAACAAGGUCAGGAUACUUGAAUUCUUGUUGGCGCUGGCAGAUUGCCGUGGCACAAGGGAAUGGGUAGCCAGGUGCAGCCACGUGGUUGUUUUUCCAGAAAAUCAAUAUAAAGGAGGUAAAAAAAGUAUUGGACCCUGUGGCUUGCCUGACCAGGCUCAGCACAUAUUGGCCUGGCCAGGUCCAGCUCGGCAGGAAACUAAUAUGGUAUUCAAAAAUGAGAAACUUUGGUACCUGUGUUUUACUGCUUUACUUAUUUAUAGUGAACAACAAAGAUUCAAUGUCCUCUUGACGGGUACUUCUCCGAUAUCAGGCUCUUACUGA